GUACUUUGUCCAAUUAUUAACCACUGCACUGAUAAGGACAGAGGGUGAAAACAGCAAAAGGGAAAGAAAAAGGAGCGAAAGAAAGAAAGAAAGAAACACACAAGAUAGAGAAGUAGAGUCAGCAAAGAAAAAGGAAGGACAUUGACUCAGCAGCUGCAGUCAGAAGGGGAAAAAGAGGAAGGGCUCUGACAGUGCGCGAGUUGUUUUUUUCUCCUGUUGUGGUUAAAUGUACUUCAUGGAGGACACACAGGUGGCCAGGACUAUACAGCUUAAUGAUGGCGCACGGAUGCCAGUUUUGGGUCUGGGAACUUGGAAGUCCUCCCAUCUUCCCCGCACCUCACUCCAGGGUGCAGUGGAGGCUGCCAUUGCAGCCGGCUACCGCCACAUAGACACCGCAUAUUGCUACUGCAACGAGGUGGACAUUGGCAAGGCCUUGCGCUCAAAGAUGCAGCAGGGCAUCAUCAGAAGAGAGGAUAUGUUCAUUGUCAGUAAGCUGUGGUGUACCCAUCAUGCCCCAGAAGACAUCCCUGUGUGCCUGAACAAGUCCUUGAAAGACCUCCAGCUGGACUACCUGGAUCUUUACCUUAUGCAUUUCCCUGUCGGCCUAAAGAAAAUGGGUGAUGAGCUUUACCCAAAGAAGGACGGGAGGAUACUGACCUCUGACAUAGACUAUGUAGAUGUAUGGAAGGGGAUGGAAGCCCUGAAAGCCUCAGGGAAGGUGAAGAGCAUUGGUGUGUCCAACUUCAACAUCCUGCAGCUGGAGAGACUUCUUACUAUGUGCACGGUCCCCCCUGCUGUUAUUCAGGUGGAGCUACAUCCCUACAUGGUACAGACUGAUCUAGUAGAGUACUGUAAAUCCAAAAACAUCACCCUGACUGCCUAUAGCCCCUUUGGCUCACCUGCAAGACCACCAGAGCUGUCCACAGGAGACACUGAUCCACAUAAGCUCCUGGAGGACCCAGUCGUAACAGAAAUAGCUAGGAAGCACAGAAAAAGCCCUGCACAGGUAUUGCUGAGAUACCAUGUGCAGCAGGGUAUUGUAGUCAUCCCGAAGAGUGACAAGCCUCAUCGCAUCCUUGAAAACACAAAGAUAUUUAACUUCAAUUUGACUGAAGAGGACAUGGCAGCACUGAGAGGACUGGACCGAGGGUGGAAGGCCUGCGUGUUCGAAGACAUCAAGUCUCAUCCAUACUACCCCUUUGUAUGAUUGUCCCUGAAGAGAGGAGCAACCUGGAAUUACUUUUAGCCUAAAACAUCAACAAGAGUGGGGUCAGGCAGCUACGUACACUCCAAUGUAAUUCAAUUAAUUGAUGACUUGUUAACUAAUUAAUGAUAAACUGUGAAAGUGAAGAUAAA